AUGACUGACUUUCUUGAGAAAAUACCUUCUCCCAAAAGGAAAGUGAAAUCUCUGACUUCUAACUCUGCCAAAACUAUUAGCGCUCCAGGCACUUCUACUAUAAGAGUAGCGCAGGCAUGUGAUCGAUGCAGAGCAAAGAAGACUAAGUGCGACGGUAAACUACCAUGUUCCAGUUGUGCAUCUGUAGGCUUUAAAUGUAUUGUAUCGGACAAACUUUCUAGAAGAGCUUUCCCUAAGGGUUACACAGAAACAUUAGAGGAGAGGAUAAGGCAGCUAGAAGCUGAAAACAAGAAGCUCACGGGACUUCUCGAUCUCAGAGAUGAACAGAUAUCAAUGUUGAACGCGCAGUCACCGCUGACAGCGAUGGAUACUGACAACAGCAAUAUCGUAGGAAUAAAUAGUAGCAAUGAUACUACGAAUAGCUCUCACACAAAGGUAAAGGACGAGUUCCAGUCAGAAAAUAAAUUGACAAGUUCAAACUUAACCCUCCUAGAAACGCAGAACCAAAACGACGCUUUGCAUUCCCAUUUGCAUGACCAUCACGAUGGUGUGCCGUGUAGUUGCUCAGACUUCCCUAAUUCUGUACAUGAAACACCAGUUUCGAUUGCUGGUUCAUACUUUGAUGAAAAUCAGAAUAAGCAUUCGGUGUCAAUUCCUGGUUCGAUACAAUUGACCGAUAACGAAGAUAAUGAAAGUCUAUUGAGUUUUGAUGAUGUACAACUGGUAGAUAGUGUACAUACCAACACAAAUAACGGCAACGGCAGGCGAGAUGUUAGUCCAGCCCCAGGAGCUUUUGCUGCAGCUACAGCUAUUGCUCAAAUGCAAAAGGUUCGCCAGCAACAGCUGCCGCUGCAGAAUAGUGAUCGUCAAAUUUUGACUUCUUUGGUGGCUAUUUCGAUUCCCAGGCUGACAGAGGAAACUUUAUUUAUUCCAACUUUGUUGGCCAAGAUAUGUGAGGUAUAUGGGUACUCAUCCAAAUCUGCAAUUUUGACUGCAAAUGCUAUAGCGUCCUUAAAAGAGACUGCUCAACUGAAAAAUAACCAGGAACUCUAUGAUUCUGAUUCAAACAAACUUUUGAUAUCGUUACUUAUGAAUAGAUACGAUAUAAAUAAUCAAUUACCAGAUUCUGAGGCUUCAUUUUUCAUCCACAACCUUUUAAACUUACCGAGCUCUAAGAUAGACUUGGAUCAAUUGAUUACAAUAUACUUCCAAGAUUGGGGGAACACCUUCCCUAUUUUAGAUAAGAAUUCGUUUCUUAAGGAAUACAUUCUUUUUUCCAAGUACCUUGAUGACAGCGGUGUCAAAAAUUGUCUGCAAUCUUAUGAGCUGGUUGAAAAAUUCGCAGCUAUCUUAGUUUUAGUCUUGAGUUUGAGUUUGAUUUCAUCAAAGUACACAUCUCAAUCCGAAUCAGUGAAAAAGUACCAAUUAUCACAUUUAAACCAUUUCGAUUAUCUUAUCAGAGAAUUCACUAAACCAAACUGUAUCAUAACAAAAUCGUGUUCCAUUCAAUCUCUUCAAAUAUUAUCAUUGGCAUUACAGUACUGUCUUGUAACUGGAGACAUUUCAUCGUGCUAUGAAUUGAGAGGUAGAGUCAUUACUAUGGGUCAACAAUUGAGAUUACAUAGAUGUCCCGCAGCAGUUCUUGGAAUUGAUGAAACUAAUGGUUCAACUGUUAAGAAUAACAAUAACAGUAAAGGAAACAAUAAUGUCAACUUGCAAAAUUUCAGACAGGGAGAACGUAGAAUUUUAUUUUGGUGCAUAUACAGUUUAGAUGUAUAUUCAUCAUUGAGUUUAGGUGUUCCAAGAUUAUUAAAAGAUUUUGAAAUAGAAUGUGCUAUCCCAUUCGCUGGUAAGGAAGGCGAGGAUGAAGAUGAUGUCAAUGGUAAUGGGAAUGUAAACAUUCUUAUUGUCAACAAUACAAAAUUAACGAUUGUUGGUAAAGUCUCCAGAUAUACAUUAAGUAUUAUGUUGUACUCCAAGGUAUUGGCCAACAUCUUGGAUUCUAUAUUCUCAAGAUAUGAGAAUGGAGAUCAGAGCUCGAAAACUUUGGGUCGAGAGAGAAUGUUGGACUGCUGGAGAAGAGAAUUGCCAAGAGAAUUAAAAUUUGAAAUCGAUGUAAAUGGGUUAUCAUUAGCGAACAAUAAGGAUCCUUCGGCUGCAAUUAAUGGAAACAUAUGGAAGAAUUAUACUAGACAGCAAUUGGCAUUGAUUUUCCUUUACUAUCAUGCAAAAAUAUUAAUAUACUUACCGAUUAUAUCUAAGCAUUCCCAUCAUCACAACGUCGGGUUACUGCAGAAAGAACAAUUAUUCAAAGCGAAGGGAGACUUUACUACUAAUGUUGUUUCAAGUGCCAGUAUUAUUCAGCAAUCUUCCAUCCAAAUCCUAGAAAUUUUGAAGAGCUUGUCGAGUUAUUCAUCCUCCUAUUUAUUACCAAUUCCAAUCAGUUUAGCAAGAGAGCAGGCGAGAUUAGCGUUAUUGGUUGCUCGUGGUAGUCUUGAUUACGUCAAGAAUGGCUCCUUGUACCAAAAUCUGAGGACUUUGCUUUUGGAGACUAUCACUGCUCUCAGCACCGAUAGUGAAUAUGCUGGGCCCGGUGGUUUGACCAAGAACUCGGUUAAGUUAUUAGAGUUAGCUAUCUUGAGUAUUUUGGGUUUGAAUUUAAAUAAAUCCUUAUUGGGUAAAAAGAAGCCGGUGAAUUCAUUUACGAAUGGUAGAAUUAUUAAAGACUCUGAGUUUGAUAGUUUCAACAAGAGCAAUAAUGGCAUUAAAGUUUCACCUACAGCAAAGACUUCUAAUAGUGGAACCACUACGCCUACACACAGUUCUAAAUUGAGCAAUGUUCAAAGUGCGUCGGAGGACUAUGAAAUUGACAACGGCUCUUAUCCUGGCUCACAGAUGUCAACCAUUGAUUUCGAUGCAAUAAAUAAUAACCCCAUAAACGGCAAUUCCUAUCCAGAUGGAAUAGAUGACAUUCUUGAGUUUGAUCCCUUCAAGAUGAAUUUGAAUCCUGACUUGAUGAUGAAUGAAUUUGCGGCUGAUGGUUCCUUGGGAUUGGUGCCAUUCUUGGAAAUGAACAAUAGUGUAGAAUAUGGUGCCAAUGAUUGGACGACAGAAGAUUGA